AUGUGGACAAAUCCCCGUUCUCCCUCCCCAAAAAUGUGGUCACCACGCAACCCCCCUCCUCAAUCCUCCCAUCGACCCUCCCACUCACAAUCCCAUCCCUUCUCUCCCCUCUCCCCUCUCACUCCCUCCGGCCCCUCAGGAACCUUUCCCGCUCCCACCCAAAAAUUAAAGAAUCAAGGAAAACGCAUUGCGCAGAUUGUAAAAAUUAAGCCGGAAUGCGUGGAAUUGUACAAGGAGUGUCAUGCACGGGUUUGGCCCGAGGUCUUGAAACAGAUUAAGGAGUGUUAUAUGGAGGAUUAUUCCAUCCACUACGAUCCCCAACACAAUCUCCUCUUCGCAUCCUUCAAAUACGUCGGCUAUGACUAUGCAGGAGACAUGGAGAAGAUGCGAGAAAACCCCAAAGUGCGCGAGUGGUGGGCCAUGACGGAUUCGUAUCAGGAGAGUUUGGUCGAGGGCAGCUCAGGGAGUACGGAUGAGAGGGGCUGGUGGAAGAGCGUGGAAGAGGUAUUUUAUGUUGCGUGA